AUGAAUGGCGCCAACGGAUCGAGAGACAGGAUACCAGCGCUGCCUGCUGAGGUUCUCGCUCGCAUCAUCGCAAGUCUCGUACCAGCUGUUGACCCGAAUGCGUCGACGCUGCCUCAUUUGGCGGGUCUCGACUUCGACUCGACACCCGCACUGCCACCAUCUCCGAACAGCGAUCUCCUGGCCGCUGCGUCAUCCUCUAGAUUACUUCAUGACAUCGCGACUCGGAUGCUCUAUCGUCGGCCACUCCUUCGGACAUUGAAGUCACUCAAUCAGCUCGCUGCCACCAUCACAAGCGAAGCCGCACAGCAUAUAGACCUGUCGUCGUCGAGCAAGAAUGGCGAAAGCAGUCACGCUACGCAAAUUCGUUCCAUUCAGCUGCCGCCAGGCGACGGACUUCUUCAGCCAGGCGAUACCCUCGCCGAGCAAACAUGCUACGUCGACAGCCUGCGCACCCUCUUCCAACACGCGACUCGAAUAGACUACGUCUCGCUAGAGCAUCGUCCAGCCGGCGCUGCGUUGCUCGAGUUCCUCCGCCCUUCGACCGUCUGCCGUCCUCGUAGAAUUACGCUCUCGAACCUGUCCUUCUCUGCGCCACCGUUCUCGACAACGCAGUCCCUCGCGCCGCUUUCGAAAGUAACACACCUGCACUUGAUCAAGAUUGUUCCUCCACCAGCGCUGAUCUCAUUCCUCGUCGGCGAGCAGAUCAACGCCGAAGAACAAGGCAAUAUUCCUAAGAGUCUCGCCGCAGGCUUGUCGCCGCGAGAAACGCUGGAGUGUUUGCGCCUUUCGCUGCUGCCAGCAGACGCAUUGGUAGAUUUCGACGCCUACAUUGCGUGGAGGCGGGCGUGGAAGGUGUACGAGAAACUGUCGGCUCAGCAACAGGCGCGCGAGCCCGCGCCACGAGCUCCUCGUGGCCCAGCAAGACGUUUCGCCGUCCAGGAAGCGUUGUACGAUCUCGCUGUACACUCACAUCGUCUGCCGAGGCUGCGGCUGUUCAUGCUCGAGCUCAUCGCCUUGUCACCCUUGAUACAUACCGACUACCAGGCUGAGAAGCCGGCAGGAAGGCGGGCUGCGCACGAAGAUGCACACACCUUCUUAGACGCCGCUAGAUCCUCUACAGAUGUCGAGGCGCCAAUACCGGACCCGAACGCAUACGAGCGCGAUAGAUACUGGGCACAGAUUGAAGACGGCAAGCUGGCCUUGACGAAACUUUGGGCCGAUUCUCAGGAGGCUUUCAGUGGGCGAGUCGACAUUCGUGUCGUCGCUGCAAGGCCGAAUGGCCACGAUCGUAGAGAGGGCUUUCAGGACUUUGACUGCCAGGCGCAGCACGAGCCUGACAAUCUCGGUGCAAUUUCGUCGAACGGAGAUGCAAAUGGCUUUGCAACGACGUACACAGACGACGAACGACCAGGAGACGCGGGAAGCUGGGCAGAUCCGGACGUCUUCUCGCUCGUUCGGACGGCCCCGCAUCUUUCAUUCAGAGCGCUAGGCGGAUCGGCGCCAGGCUGGUACUGGACAGGCGAGCUUCCUCGCCAAACGAGACAUCCGUCGCCAUUGACCUUGCCGUCGAUUGUUUCCGGCUCGUAG